AAAAUAUAUUGUGUCAUAUUUCGAUAUUGAGAAAUAAUUAACUGUGAAAUGAUAAAUAGCUGUUCAAGAAUCUAGGGAAAGUAGCGGCGAUUGCUGAUUUGACGAGAGAACUUGUAUAUCAGUGUACGCGAUAUGUCGAGAACUCGAGUAACAUUUUCGUUUUUAUUUUUUAACUAAAUUCUACGAUCGAAUGGAUAUUGGUCGAUAUCAAGAAAUAUACUUACUCGUUCACUAGUAAAAGCGCAGUGAUAUAUGUCAAAAAAAUUGAUAAGAAAAAAAUGCACAGGGAGAAACCAGAACUAGAGCGAAUUCGCUUGGUUGAUGAGAGGAAUCAUGGUAUAAAUAGAUAAAUAAUAUACAUAGCGAUAAAAACGAUGAUGUACGUAAUGCAAGGAUAGCCAUUAUCAGCAAUAAUCAACGCUGACCAAUCAUCUGCGCUCGAUAUUGCGAGCUUAGAAUAUUGAAUUGGAUUUCUUUCGCUUCUCAAAGUACCAUCUUUGGGAAAUCUAUCAUUUCCUUUAAUGCGGAUUUAUAUAUAGAGAUUAGAUGGAUGGUGUGUCGAGAUUAAACAAGUGUACACGGAUCUCCUAAAUAUUCGAGAGUGAUCUUUGUGAAUAUCGAGACGUGUCGAAUGGGAUUUCUCGCAGAUCAUCAUCGUCGUGGAUCAUCGAUGUAGCGCGAUGUCGGUCUGGUUGCCUGUCGUGGCGGCGACGCUGUGCCUCUGGAUGAGCGCUGGGAGUCAGUUCAGUGACAAUACACCGCCCACAAUGUGGCUGAAUCGGAACUGGAGGCUUCCGGACAACGAACCCGUAGGAAACAUCGUGACCAGGGUUCGCGCCGAGGACAACGAGCAGGAUACGCUGACCUUUGGUUUGGAACCGCACAAUUACAAUGGGGACGACAGUCCACCAUCGCCGUUGCCCUUUUACAUCGACAACAGCACCGGCACCGUCUUUCUCAACAAGACUCUCAAAGGAAGAGGAGGCCAGAACCUGUUGCUCUAUGUGACCGUUUCUGACGGUCAGCUUACGGCGAAGACCGAGGUUUACGUUAACAUCAUAAACUCAUCGGCAGAUCAGGGAAACCCAAGGAUACCAUUCCCAUUCCCACCAAACCAGCACGGUUCCGGCGGUCGAAUAGGAUCGCCCUACCUCACUUUACCAAAUUUACCAAAUUUCGCCUCACCCUUACCUCCUUUGCCGACAAAGCAGUAUCUCGAAACCACGAAACUCGAAUUGGAAAAGACGAAAUCCAAGGAAAACAACGUUAGCGGCGGUGUCGUUGGCAGUACCAUCACAGAAGAGGACGUCCAGGUGAACGAAGUGGAGAGUCCUGCAUUGAGCUCGAAAUCACCCACUCGUGCACCCUCCACCGCGCCACCCUCGCAGGACAUGGCGAUGACUCUGAUACCAGUGGUAGCCGGAUGUGCUCUCGUUGUGGGCCUCGGCAUGGGCGUUUGGUCCUUGAGGAACAGAUUCUGCGGUAGCCGCAAAUCCAAGGCGGAUACGAAAGAACAAGCGUCAGUCAGCGUCUCUAAUCUAUCCGACGACCCUUCUCUCAUUCUGAAAAGGUGGCGAGGUCCAAAGGCUCGUAGCAAUCGUUAUCAACCGUGGGAGAAAGAAUCUCAAGCAGGCAUUCAGAACAAACAGGAGGAUAAAUGGGAGUUUCCCAGGCAUAGACUGAAAGUUUUCAACAUCCUUGGCGAAGGUUGCUUCGGUCAAGUAUGGAAAUGCGAGGCUCUAGAUAUCGACGGCAAGUCCGGUGCCACAAUUGUAGCGGUGAAGACUCUGAAGGAGAAUGCUACCGAACGUGAGCGGCUGGACCUUGCACAAGAAUUGCGGGUCAUGAAAAAUCUAGAUCCUCAUCCUAAUGUAGUGCGACUUUUGGGAUGUUGCACCGAGCGCGAACCCAUGUUCGUCAUCUUGGAAUACGUAAGUGGUGGUAAACUUCAAAGCUUCCUCAGAGCCUCCAGAGAAGAAAGGAAUCACGGAGGUGCAGGAUUGACCUCCAGAGAUCUCACUGGAUUUGUAUAUCAGAUCGCCAAGGGUAUGGAGUAUCUGGCGUCGAAAGGCAUCAUUCACAGAGACUUGGCUGCCAGGAACAUCCUGAUCGACGAGAAUCGCGCGUGCAAAGUGGCGGACUUUGGCUUUGCCAGGGACGUGGCAGCCAAUCAGAUUUACGAGAGAAAAUCCGAAGGCAGACUUCCGAUCAGAUGGAUGGCACCCGAGAGUCUGUAUGACAAUAUAUUCUCUGUUAAAUCCGAUAUCUGGAGCUUUGGCGUGUUGAUCUGGGAAAUCGUGACUUUGGGAUCGACCCCGUAUCCCGGACUAGCUGCCGCAGAAGUGAUGCGAAGGAUUAAAGAGGGUUACAGAUUGGACAGGCCUGAGCACUGUAAAAGAGAGCUCUAUAAUAUCAUGUAUUAUUGCUGGGACAAGGAUCCGGCGUGCAGACCAUCCUUUGCCGAACUUGUUAGUUUGACUGAAGGUCUACUGCUUGAUGAAACGGACUAUAUCGAGCUCGAUAGGUUUCCAGAUCACUCGUAUUACAAUGUACUUAAUCUCAGUGGAGAAAAAUUGUGAGGGUUUGUGAUGAUUGUGAUCAUUAUUUGGAUUUUUGUUAAUAGAUGAUGCGUUCUUACAAUUAUUAUUAUCAUUUAAUUAAACUGAUCUAUUGCAUUAU